AAAGAGUGGCGAGAGGGAGAGCAAGAGGGGAUGGAGAGAUACAGCGGUGGGGGUAGUUACAGAGCGAGUGGCUGCGUGUAUGUGUGUGGGUAUGCAUUCAUGCGUACGUGUGUGUAUGGAGGAGAACAAGUAUUGCUGCAGUGGAAACAGUGCGAAGAGGACUGCAGUUUCUGGUGCUGAUGGGAGAGCGGUCGAGGCACAUCAUUAAGGCACUGUAAUUUUAACCCCCAGUGCCUAUUUGGUGAAUGGGUUUGCCCAUUGUAGAGAACAGGAUUACGGAAUUACGGUAGUGCUGGGACUGAGCGUGCAGCCUUAGUGAUGAAGUUUAACUUGUUCAAGCAACAAACAACGCCCAUGGUCGCAGCAAAACCAACGGGGGCCAGUGACUUGAGUGUUACUCCAGCCCCUGUAGCGUUAGUGUCGGCUGAGAACUCCACGGAGCCCGUUAACAAGAACGAUGCCUUUGAUGAGAUCAAAAACAAGUUCCUGAAUGAAAUCGACAAGAUCCCACUGCCAUCCUGGGCCAUCAUUGCCAUUGCCGUGGUCGCUGCUUUACUGAUUCUAACGUGUUGCUUCUGCAUCAUCAAGAAAUGCUGUUGCAAGAAGAAGAAGAACAAGAAGGGCAAGAAGGGGAAGGGUGACAUGGGAAUGAAGAACUUGAAAGGAGGAGAGAAACCCCAGGAUGAUGAUGAUGAGGAAGAUGAUGUGGAGCCAGGACUAACUGGAGAUGAGAAAGAGGAAGAAGUUAAAGAGAAGGAAAAGCUUGGGAAACUGCAGUACUCCAUUGAUUAUGAUUUCCAGGAAAACAAGCUUACAGUAGGGAUUCUACAAGCAGCUGAUCUCAUCUCCAUGGACAGUGGGGGUACUUCAGACCCUUAUGUCAGGGUCUUUGUCCUGCCUGAUAAGAAGAAAAAGUUUGACACAAAAGUACAUAAGAAAACACUCAACCCAGUCUUCAACGAGACGUUUACUUUUAAGAUACCAUUCACUGAAAUGGGAGGGAAGACUCUGGUAAUGGCCGUCUAUGACUUUGACCGCUUCUCGAAACAUGACAUCAUUGGAGAGAUUAAGAUACCCAUGAACACGCUGGACCUUGCAAAACCAAUUGAAGAGUGGAGAGACCUUGACAGUGCUGAUCAAGAAGAGCCAGAGAAGCUUGGUGAUAUUUGCAUCUCUUUACGCUACGUCCCAACUGCUGGCAAGCUCACCAUCUGUAUCCUGGAGGCCAAGAACCUAAAGAAAAUGGAUGUGGGAGGACUAUCAGAUCCCUACGUAAAAAUUAACUUGCUGCAAAAUGGAAAGAGACUGAAGAAGAAGAAGACAACAGUGAAGAAGAAUACUUUGAAUCCUUACUACAAUGAGUCCUUCAGCUUUGAGAUUCCUCUUGAGCAAAUGCAGAAAAUCCAAGCUGUUAUCACAGUGCUGGAUUAUGACAAGAUCGGCAAGAACGACGCCAUUGGGAAGAUCUGGGUGGGAAGCAAGGCCACGGGGGCCGGGCUCAAACACUGGUCCGAUAUGCUGGCCAACCCCCGCCGCCCCAUCGCCCAGUGGCAUCCGCUGCAGCCCGAGGAAGAGGUGGAUGCCUCCCUAGCAGCGCUGAACGCCAAGAAGUAAAACAAAACAAAAAACUCCCACCACCUGCCCCCCCUCCCCCCACCUUCCUACCUGUGCAUUUCCCUUUGUUUCACUUAAGUCCAACAUAUCAAUGUAUAUUCCAGAAGAACACCCAAUCUGUUCCCUCCAGCACAUUUCUGUCCCACGGGCAUCAUUUUAAAAGAUCCAUAGAAACUAUUUGACAUGAUGGGAAUUGUAGUGAAAAAAUCAUAUUCUAUUAAAUCAUGUCACUAAGAAAAGAAGACAAGUUGCAGGAUGGACAGAUACUCAGUUAUGUUUGUUUUAGAUCUAUUUUUAUAUUGGAGUUGUGGUUCCAUUAUUAAGCUUAAAGAGUAGACUAUAAUAGGAGUGUUACAUGGGAAUCUGGUGAGUUAGAGGGAUAACACAUACAUUCACUCAUAUUAUACUUCUCACCCGUUUUCCCUUUAGUGACACAGUUUGCUUAGAAUAGUGCUUAACAAUAAAAUGCUUUAUACUGCCAUAUGAUAGAGAAACAACACAAGCAGGUCCAUUCCGUAGGUGUUUUGUGCACCAUGUCCCACACCUGCCAGUUAUCAUCCUAGAUGAUCUUGUUAGUUGGAAGUACAUUCCUAGAGUUGGGUAGCAAAGUAGGGAUUAGCUCCAGUUACCCACAAACACUGCCUUUUUGGAUUAGUUACCCUUCUGCCCAUCGUCUCAGGAGAACUGAGAGGAAAACUCCAUGCCUUUGUUUCCCUAAACGGGUUCUUUUGUUAACAGUUGCGCCGCGUGAUGAGAAAAAAAAAAUGUUGCAUUACAACUGUUAGAGUUCUGGUGACCUUAGGCUUAUGACUUAUUUAGUUUAACCACAAAUUAACGAGUUAUGUGAAGGGUAUGGCAGAUAAUUUGCAAAAAAAUAAGUGUGCUUGUGUAUUUUAAAUUGUAUUUAAAAAAAAAAAAAAAAGCACCAUCUGUCAUCCGAACUACAAAAAACGUUUGGAAAUACCAGAGCGGCAACAAAAAGAGAGACUGAUCCCAACCACCGCUGACAUUAUAUUUACAAGGUGUCGAUUACUGCCUACAGCCCUCGACUUCCCCCUCCCGACGCCUCCGAUUCUGUAUCUCACUUGUUCAGUGUUACUGCCAUUAGUCAUGGACUUGACACAAGGGUUUUUACUUCAAAGGAAUCCCUAUAACCGUCUUACAGUCAUAAAGGAGACAAGCCUUCCAAGUAACAAAAUAAGCAAUUUUCAACUACCAGGGACGCCUUCCAGUUAGAGGUGUUGUUCUCUUGCUUUCCCUUCUUAUUCUAUUUUUUUUUCCUUUUACUUAAUGAUUUAGUUUACCGUCAAACACUUUUAUUCCUUAAGCACUUUAAGUCGUAAUGUUUUGUGUACAUACGCUCAGAAAUCAGAGCUUUAAAAAUUUAGGGAGAUUUGUUUCGUCGCUUUAGCCUCUGCUUACUUUGGCUUUUGCUUAUAUGUGUGUGUUUAACUGGUUUGGAUUAUAAUUAUUUCACUUGAUUGCAAAAAGUCUGGUCUGCUAAAACAUCGCACUGAUCCAUGUGUAUUUUAUGCACAGCUUACCAAACCGCUGAUUAUGAAUUGCACUAGUGGGUAUUGUUCAGUUUUGUGGUUCCUGACACUGUUCUUUGAUGUGUGUUUUUCCUUUUCCUGAGUGAUACAAUGUGAUGAAAUUUGUUGUUUCUGUGGCUCACACAGAAAGGUCUUGUCUUAUAUAUGCGAGGGAAAAGAAACACAUUUGGGUUCAGUGCUGCUUCGUGGUCUCUUCACAGAAUGAAACAGUGCGGUAUAGAGAGCCAAAGGUAACCUUGGCUGAAGUUGUGACUAAUUUUAACCCGUUCACACAUUAAUUGUGAUAACCUCUCUCAAAAAGUGCUUUCAGUCUUUCACAUGUCCACGCAGGUGGACAACUGUUUAGACCUCUCUACUCUACGCUCUCUACAUUUUCCUGUCCAAUUUCUCUCACUUAGCCCAUUAAGAACACAUAUUUCUAAUUAAAAAAAACAGUAAAACUAUUUAUCAUAGCAAUUAACAAAAAGGAAAUGAGCAUUGCGCAUGAUCUUAUUAAUAACAAAACCUAAUUACAACACUCUGGAAGUGCAACAAAGGAACACAAAACCAAGUAUCCCACAAUGAAGCAGUUUUUAUUUUUAUUUUGGUAGCAUCCAGAUGUCAGAUUUUACUUUCUUUUGUACUUCAGCUCUCUCCGGUUUACAUCCUCAUCUUUCUCAGCUCUAUGUAAAAAGUAUUCCAACAAAUCCUAUUCUGAGAGACAUUUAUAGCCCCUGUUAUAAGCAUCAAACUCACAUGACUUGGAUAUUAGCUCCACUACAGUACCUUAGAUCUUUGUGCCAUGCUUUGCAUGUCUGCCUUACAAAAAAAAAGACACUAGCUGUAACUCACACGACUACACAAAUCCACAAAUAGAAUAUUACUAUUUGGUUAUCAAAUCAACAACUAUAAGCUACAAUCUAAUAACAAAAACUAGUUGUUUCCUGUAGAAAAAGUAACUCCUGUUGAAACAUUUUCAAUACCAGUAUUGGUGUAAUUCCCAGUAAAGCAUUAUUUUGACUUCAAUUGACAUGAUUAAUUGCAGGUUUCUAAAAAUGCAAAAUCAUUACUUAGUGAUUUUUGUCUUACCUUGUUAUUUGAUAUUUAUAUCUGUAAGGAAUUUGUGCACCAUAAAGACAAGAUGACAGGUGUUAGCCAGGUACUCUGCAUUGAGUUUGUUGUUGCUGUUGGCCAGUAGCUGUAACCAGAGUGGCACACUAAAAGGCAUUGAAGUGGUUUAUAUGGAAGCGUACCAUCAACAGCCCAUGCACUUACAAAUAAAUGGCUUCUGAACAGAGGUCAACUGUAGUGGCCACUAAACAUGGAGGGGUUUUCAACGAUUACCUUAUGAGCGGAGAAUAAACACCGCUGAAAAAUAACAAGUGUUGCAUUGCAGCCACUUGCAGUCAUGUUGUCCAAAUUCACUACCAUGUCAAAUUCCUUUUUCAAAGUGGAGUUGAUUAAUGGAACAAUUUAACUACUGAUAUCUCCUACCUAUGAGAAACUGUGCUCUUCUGAGAUCCGCCAAACAUAAAUGUUAUCAACUAAUACAUCACAUUUUCUUAUACACUAAGAACUUUCUGUCAGUGUUUGUUGUCAUUGAGAUUCUUUGGCUCUUUAUAUCCGUACAUUUAGAUUCUGAGAGGAAGUUUUGAGGGCACACUUCAGUUUGCAACAAUUUCCACACUAUUAGAGCUCAUCACCCCUCAAUUACUAACAUCUUAGUCAGUUAAAGGUCUAAUAGAUUUUGUGAGCAUUAGGCUGUUUCACAAGAAACUACCAGUUAGCUGUGUGUAAUGUUUCGCAAAUGCAAUUACAAUGUUUUUGUGAUGUUAUUUUGGUGAAAUGUAUCUCUUUUUUCUUUCUUUUGCAAGUCUUUUUUAUACCAAUCGAGACCAAAUUUCUGUUUGUCAUCUUGCACAAUUCUUUCUUUUUGAAGCAACACUAAAGAAAAAGGCAACAUGGAAGCAAUCAAGCAACUCAUUGAUGUGUAGUUUUUGCCUAUAUACAUAGUUCAUACACGUUGAUACUGCAUGUUUAUAAGAACUACUGUACAUAAGAGCAUGUUUUAGAGACGAAGCAAAAAUAUCUUGUGUACGUUAAAUGGGUGUCAUUUGCCAUUUUAAUAACACAGCAAACUGAAAAAAAAGAUGCACUGUAUAUUUUCUAAAUAGAACAAAGUGUGUAUUUAUUUUCCAUGAGGGUCAUUGGAGAGAAUGUCAUGCAAAUAUUAGAGUACUAUUACAAAUAGGAAUCUUUCCACGCCUGAAAACUCUUAAGCAAGUGUGUCGUCCAGUGCUGUGUGUGAGUUCAUGUAGGAAGAAAAAUGUAGCCGCAUGCUUGCUAUGUAAUUUCCUGUGCUCAGAGGUUUCUGUUUGGCAACACUUUUUCGCCAUUCGUUUAGUUAUUUUACCUUUGAAAAAAAUGAGUGUUUGAUUAUGAAAUUUUACUACCGUUUCUAUUUUUGAUUGACGAAAAUGGUAUAUUUAUGUUUAGUUUGAAACAGGGGGUCUCCAAGUCUGCAGGAGGAUUUUUUUCUUUUUUCUUUCAGAUUUUCUUUCUUUCUUUUUUUCCUUUCUUUUUUUUAGUGAGGCAGAUUUAAUUAAAAAAACAAAACAAAAAAACUAAGUAACAAACUGAUUAUAGGACUUAUUUAUGCCAAAACUAACCAAGACUGAAGUCUUAUGGACCAUAUCCUACUUUAGGCUCCAUUUCCAGGGCCAAGCUGUGAAUAAGCCCUUUCGCCGAGCACAAAUGACUUGGAGUCCUCUCUUUUUUUUUCCUUUGUUAUUGUAACUAUAAGUUUUUGUCAGAAGAUUACUUUUCUCUUUCUGUUUGACUGACCUGAUACACGUUACAGAUUGUGUCUCUUUUACUCUGUUACUAUACAACAGGUGUACUUGUAAACAAAAUAAAUUAAUAAGAUAAAAACUAAAAGCCAUAAAACUCAAGCACUAACUCUUUAGAGCUCAGCUGAACAGCUCGAGUUUAUUUAUAAGGGAAGAAAAAUCUGACGUCUUCAUUUUUCCAUAAAUAAUGUUCCUUCUUACAUUCCUUUUCUGAAGUCUUUGUUCAUCAAGAGGGGGGGGGGGGAAACCAUUCUUCUGUAUGUGUGAGUGUGGAGAACAGCUGCAAGUUCAGGAGAGCGAGUGUUUUUUUUUUAUACUUUCGGAGUGGCUGAUGUCAUACUUUCUUUGCUGAUUUUACAGGAAUGUGUUUAGCAAUAUUUUAUUAGCAUAAAUGAACAGAUGAUUCAAGAUAUUAUUACAUUAGGUUCUCUUUGAGGGCUGAGUGCAAUUUGUGAACGAAACUGGGUCAUGGUUCUUUUCUCCCAGUUUGGAAGAAUGUACUCAUACAAUCAAGAAUUAAUGAUAAAAAAAACACUUUACAUUUCUUUAGAUGCUUGUUGCAGCAGCUUUUGUUCUUAUUUUUAACAACUGCUCAGCAAGAAUGAAUAAAUUCAAAAAAAGAAACUUGAACCUGUGCAACCUAAGAUUUAAGGCUGAAUCCCUCCCAUAGAACUAUGCAGAUGUUGAUUAUGUUUUACAGACUUGUGUCUGCAAAAUUCAAGCUUGCUUUCUUGCCCUGAGUUAUAUGCGACCACCUCCACCUCCAACGUUAUUGUUGCAUUCUGUUAUAGUUGAUUCACGGUAAUGCUUAUAUUUCUCUAGUGUACAUUUAGAAAACUAAAAGAAAACAUGCAUUUUUCAAAGGUUUUACAGCUCAAUAAGAUGUAUGUCGUCACAAAAGUGGCUCCUGUAAUUGAAAAUGUUGCGGACCCCUGUCCUAGACAAAUGUUUAGCGCCGAACAGCAACAAACUACCCAACAUCCAUUGCUGCUAAAACAGGUUAGCAUUACAUUACAAUGCAAUAUUUUAGUAAAGCUGGAACGUUUUACCCAGAAUGUGUGAAAAGGUGGUUUAAGCUCUCCUUUAACUCUUGUCAAGAAAGCAAACAAGCUCACAUUUUCAAAAGAGUUGAAGUAUCUGUUUAAGUUUGCUCUAUGUUGCAGAGUUCUCCUAAAUUAAACUGCCAAAUAUGUUAUGAAGACAGUCUUCAAUGUGUUGCAUUGAGCUCCACAUUGUCUGAACGCAAUACAGUAAUCACUGUCCCAUCGAUGCCACUGACUGUGACCAAAUAAUGCACUGAGAGCAGGUUACAUACGAGGUUUCAGUGUAUUUUAGAAAUACUGCCACCACCUGAUAACAGCUGCCAGCAUUCAUCUCCACAGUUUGUCUGCAAAGCCAAGAUAACAGGGAAAUAAUACAAGAAAGCACCAAAAAAAUAAAAUAAAAAAUGUGAUCACAGGCUAACUAUUUAGGAGAGUUUUUUGUUUCCUUUUAAAUUUUGGGUCACCACAAGUCAUAAGAUCAUCAGACAAUACGGGGGACUGAGAAUGGUGAGCUGUGGUUGUGUAUGUGUAAAAAAUUUAUAAAAUAUCUAAGGCGUUGCUUAAAAUCACAGUGUUGAAUUAUACAGCUUUCAUUAAAAGUCUGCGUGCGUUUUGCUGUUUUGUUUUGUUUCUUAUGUAUCAGUGACACAGUAAAAAAUAGCAGCUUUAUGUUUUAUAAAUGGUAAGUGAUCUGUUUCCCUGAUUACUGUGUACAUGUACAUGAACUUAUGCACAAAUACAUCUGAAGCUGCCCCGCUUCAGCUGUGCAGACAGUUUUAGAGCACUGCUCACACAUGUGUGAUUUGUUUUUGUCUUGUUAUGCUUUUGAACAAACGCUGGGAUUUAAAAAGGGAAACCGUGCAAAGUUCAGUCCAUUUGACAGGCACAUGCGGGUUCUCUGUAUUUCUUCUAUGUCUUUCUCUGCCUAAGUCUACUCACUUCUGUUGUUUUUUCUUUAUUCUGUGUAUCUGUAAUGUAGACUGCCGAGCUGUGUUUGAAACAACACACACGUGUCUCCAUGAUGUCUUCUCGUUUGCUUUCCGUUUUUGUCCUUGUCCGGUUUCUGUGUAACUGAUUCUGUCACUGUCAUCAAGCUGAAUAGGAACCUGAAUCUCUCUUUGCAGCACACAAAGAAUGACGGCCUUCAUGUUUACAACAUGGACAUACUGUAUACUGCCAAACAUGCAGGGCCGUACCAAACUCCCCUCUUGAGCACUCAGUUCUCCGCUUUUCAUCCAUGAUGCAGCUGUAUUCUCGAGACUCCUUUUGUUUUCCCAGCUUCAUCUUCCUCUCUUCAUCCUCUUUUAAAGCAUCGGAGGACAGUCAGGUUACGUCCCCUAGCUGUGUUUCUUCGUGUCUAGUGUUGUGCUGCGCGUGUUCAUGUCAGUACUUGUGCCUACUGUGGAUCGCAUGCUUUAGCCUUUGACUGGACACAAACGUUGCUCACAAACUCCUCUUGACCCUUAUGUGGACGUACGUUGGGAAUCCUUCUGAAGUUAUCAAGGGAACCAAAUAACUUAUUACAAAAUUUAUCAUAUGUGUUGCCGGUUCUGUAAAAACAAAUAGGAAAUAAAGGCCUUUUAAUAACCAUGA